AUGACCGAAAAAGCAACAUAUGCAUAUGGUGAAAAUAUAUGCUCGUGGUUAUCAUUGGAACAUAAUAUGGCCGAGCCACAACGGAUAUCACUUUUAAAUGAUGUGAAAAUUGUUCAAGUAGAAAAUGGAUGUAAUUUUGUUGCCAUUCUAACUGAUGAUGGACAAGUAUUCCUAGCCAGCUUAGUUGAAUCUAAAUGGGAAACGAAUGAAACAUUACGAUUGAUUUCCAACCAUAAUGAUCGUUUCAAGAUGAUUGCUUGUGGAGUGACGCAUUUGUUAUUGCUACGACAAGAUGGUCAUGUUUUCGCUAUGGGUAAAAAUGAAUUUGGUCAAUUAACUGGCAAUGAAAAAUCAUCAUAUGAAAGUAUGAUCCACAUUGAUAACCUAGAAAAUGUCAAGUUCAUAGAUUGUGGACAGUAUCAUAGUUUAUCAUUAACUGAUAAAGGCAAAAUUUAUUCCUGGGGUGACGAUAAUUGUGGUCAACUAGGUCUUGGUUAUGAAUCAGACGGAAAAACCCCAUGUCUUGUAAAUGUUGAUUCGAUCGAUAGCCGUGUCAAAGAUAUUGUGGCUGGCGACAAUCAUUCAUUAGUUUUAUUCGAAAAUGGUCAGCUUUGGGGAUGUGGUUCUAAUUAUCAAGGUGAACUUGGUUUUGAUAAUUAUAAUAAUCGAUCAAAGUUGACAAAAAUACCGAUUGAAAAUGUACAACAAAUUAAAAGUUCAAAAUUCCAUUUCUUUUCAAUGGCAUAUGAUGGAUCAUCUUAUUAUGUAUGGGGAGAAACCAAAUAUGGCAUCUGGUCGUCACCUAAAAGAUUGGAUGAUCAUCCGACGUCAUUUGUAUCUGCAUCGGCAAUGAUUUUUUCAUCACCACUAACAUUUGGUCUCACAUCAACAAUCUAUGUAUUCGGAUCACAUGAUUCAAUAUCGUACCAAUCCAAAUCAAUCCUCCAACUAUUCGAUAAUCAAGAUAGUUAUGAUGUGGAAUUUUUAAUUGACCAGAAACCUAUUAAGGCAUGCAAAUGUUAUCUCAAAUCUGUAUCGGAAUAUUAUUGUCGAAUGUUUUCCGGUAAUUGGAGUGAAAAUGACCAAGUAAUCAUCAACGAUUAUUCAUAUGAUACAUACUAUGCAUAUCUACGUAUGUUACAUACUUGUGAAAUUCACAUUAAUCCUCAAAACAUAGCCGAACUUGUUGAUUUGGCCAAUUGUUAUGGUGAUGAAAUGUUGAUGAAACAUUGUAAAACAUUCAUAUGGAAUAAUCUGAAUGAACAAACUAUACCAACAUAUCGUACAUUAAUUAACAAAUACGAAAUUAAGGAAUUGGACUAUAAACUCAGAAAUAUGAUAAAAUCAACGGCUGAAAAAAUCGAUAUUGAUUUAUUUCAUGGCUAUUUAGUAUACAUUGAUCGAGAAUUUUUCCAAUCAGUUGUUUCGAUUUUCAGAGCUACAUAUGCAUAUGGUAAAAUAAUAUGCUCAUGGUUAUCGUUGGAACAUGAUAUGAGGAAACCACAACGGAUAUCUUGUCUUGAUGAUAUGAAAAUUGUUCAAGUAGAUUCUGGCUGGAAUUUUGUUGCCAUUCUAACUGAUGAUGGACAAGUAUUCCUAGCCAGCAAUGGUUUUAAUUGGAAGACGAAAGAAACAUUACAAUUGAUUUCCAACGAUAAUGAUCGUUUCAAAAUGAUUGCUUGUGGAUGUGAGCAUUUAUUAAUGCUGCGACAAGAUGGCCAUGUUUUUGCUAUUGGAUCUAAUAUGUGUUCUACAUUAUCGGGUAAUAGAAAAUCAUCAUAUGAAAGUAUGAUCCACAUUGAUGGACUAGAAAAUGUGGAACACAUAGCUUGUGGAGAUUAUCAUAAUUUAUCAGUAACGAAUAAAGGAGAGAUUUAUUCCUGGGGCCUUAAUAUUUUCGGUCAAUUAGGUCUUGGUGAUGAAAAAAUACGAAACACCCCAUGUCUUAUUCCAUUUCCAAAUGAUUUGAUCAAUAUCCGAAUCAAGGAUGUUUUAGCUGUCCGCAGACAUUCAUUAUUUUUAUUCGAAAAUGGUCAGCUUUGGGGUUGUGGUCCUAAUGGCUAUUGUCAGCUUGAUCUUUUUAAUGGAAAGAUACAAUCAAAGUUGACAAAAAUACCGAUUGAAAAUGUACAACAAAUUGCAUGUUCAAAAUUCUUCAGAUUUUCAUUUGCAUAUGAUGGAUCAUCGUAUUAUGCUUUGGACGAAAAGAGAUAUGUUGGACUAUGGGCAUCACCUAGAAAAUUGGAUGAUUCGCAUUCAUCAUUUGCUUCUGCAUCAUUUCAAGUGAGUAAAUGUUAUCUCAAAUCUGUAUCACAUGAUACAAUAUUGUACGAAUCAAUCCUCCAAUUAUUCGAUAAUCAAGAUAAUUAUGAUGUGGAAUUCCUAAUUGACAAAAAACGUAUUAAGGCAUGCAAAUGUUAUCUCAAAUCUGUAUCGGAAUAUUAUCGACGAAUGUUUUCCGGUAAUUGGAUUAAAAAGGAUCAAGUACCCAUCGAGAAUUAUUCAUAUGAAACAUAUUAUGCAUAUGUAAAUAUGUUACAUACUGGUGAAAUUCAUAUUAAUCAUCAAAACAUAACCGAACUUGUUGAUUUGGCCAAUUGUUAUGGUGAUGAACGGUUGAUGAAACAUUGUAAAACAUUCAUACAGAAUAAUCUAAAUAAACAAACUAUGGCCACAUUGCUUCCAUUAAUCAACAAAUACGAAAUGAAUGAAUUGUAUGCCAAACUUGCUCAUAUAAGCAUUUAAAAAGUAUUGCCCAA